CAUCGUAUUGGUUUUAUUGAAAGGCAUGCGCAGUUGACUUGCCCUUGACUCGUGUCGUCUGCUAUGUAUAGUGACAAAGACUCACAUUUUCAUAAUAUUUUCAUCAAUUUUCAUUGUUGGUUGCGGUGGCAAUACUUGAUAAUAAUUUUCUUGAAAAAUGAAUAUGCAUCAAAUACUAUUAGAAAAGUGUAUGUAAAGUAAUUGAACCGUGACCCCUGUAAGUAGCUGAAUUUAUUGAGAGAAAUUAUUUUUAAAAUCAUUAAAAAAUAAACAUACAAAUAAUUAAGAUGUCAAAAUUACCUCAAGUAAUUUCUCUGGAACGCAACUGCUUUCUUCAUUCGUUUAAUGUAGUCAAAAGAUUUGCAACAGGAAAAGAGAAUGGCGAAAGUUCACGAUUGAAAGAGUUUAGAAAGAAAUUACGCGAGCGAACACCAAUAGAGAAACUGGAAGAAUUGGAAGAAGGCAAGCACCCGAGUCAAGAGAAAGAACCAUUGCAAGCUUUUCCGGGAAACACGAAUCCAGACACUGGCGAAGUAGGAGGACCAAGAGGACCAGAACCUACUCGGUACGGCGACUGGGAGAGGAAGGGACGUGUCUCUGAUUUCUAAUUAUAGAUUAAACAAAAAUCUCAAAAAGCACUUUAUGUAUUUGGAGAGAAAUUAAUCAUUACUGUACUUGUACAUAUACAUACCUAUACAUUGUUGAGAAAAGAAUUGAAGGAAGAAAUUAAACUUAAUAAAUGGAAAUGAAGGAAACUGACAUUUAACAAAUGA